AUGCCUGAUAUUCUCGAUCCAUAUAGCAUAGCAGAUCUUCCAAGAACUUCGGGGAAACUAGCAUCUACCCUCACAGUUUCUUUUGGUGAUUCUGCAGCAUCUUCAAAGGCUUACUUUGGUGUCUCUCAAAGUGCGCUCUCAGCUUACAGCCUUAAAACAACUGCAAGACAACUUUGGACUCAUCCAGUCUCUCCAGUUACUCAGAUCUCAGCCCUUUGCGCAAAUAAAAAAGAUGCAACUCUAUUUUACGGUGUAAUAAACUCAAAGGGAAAAGCUUCUCUUCACCAAGUGGCUACCAAAAAACAAUCCACACCCACUUCUAACCAUACCCAAGUUAUUUCAACUGAACCCACUUCUCAAGAAGAUGAAGAAGAAAAAGAAGUAGAAGAAGAAGAGGAGGAAGAAGAAGAAGAAGAAGAGGUAGAUAUCACUCUUCUUGAAAAAUGCAAUUACAUCUCAGCAAUUCACAAAUCUAAAGAUAACUCUUCACUUGUGCUUUACCUCGCGUUUCAAACUGGCGAAAUCGCGGCAUUCAAAAUCGAAAACAAAAAGGCAACAAAAGUUUGGGAUCUCCCACCAACUGACCAAAACAAUCCAGCUAUCUUCACCAGGUUUAUUAAAACAACCUCAAAAGAACUUCCAGAAGACGGCCUUGUUGUCACAGUCUCUGCAGCUAAAGAUCCCACUUCUUUUGAAAUUAAAGUCAUCUCACUUGAUCCCACAGAAGGCAGAGUUCUUUCUUCCAAAUCUGUCUCCAUCUCUGAUGAAAUUGGCAUUUUUGAUCUUACAGACCAUGAUUUGUACAGAUAUGUCCCCUCCAAAUCUACCCUUAUCAAGUACUCUAUUCUCGACCCAACAAAAACCUCUACAAUGAAAAUCCCCUCCAAAAAGGAUACCCCGGCACUCCCAGCAACUGCCUCCAUAAUAUCCCUUGGAAAUGAUCAAGUCUUACUCUCCACAGGUGCAGGUGAUUCACUUAAGCUCGUUGAUCUUCAGUACCGUGUCCUGCUCUCAGAGCGCACCCUCGAAAAACCUCUCCACCUCGUCGCCUACUCUAAAAAACUCGCUGUAGUCAUUGGAUAUACCCCACAGGCUUCCGCAGGUUCCCUGGGCCCGGAAAAAAUUGUGGCUGUUCCUCUCGAUAUUGGUCGCGGCAGUCUCUUUGAAAGCAUUGGCAAGGGCAUCACCAAAGGUGAUAAUACCUGGCGUAACACUUUUAGUCAAAUCCCAAUGACUUUUGGUGAAUCCUCAUCUUCAGAACAAGUCAUUAAGGAAGAAACUUCACUCCUCAAUAAUACUAAAAACUCCGCGUCUCAUGUCCUCAAGAUUCUCCAACACUUUAAGGAUACUGGCGACGUGGCCAGCUUUGAGAAAUGGGGCCUUGCUUAUCUCAAGUUCCCCAACAAGUGGAUUAAGGCUUCCAAGUCCUGGACCAUUGAGGAAACUAUCAAAGCAACAACUGUCCCAGAUGUCGACUUCAAGCGCCCCCACUACAAGUCUAAAGCUGACCGUCAAGUCGACUUUACCUUUAUUUAUGACCUCUGUUCAAUCAUCUUCCGUCACGUUGGCAAGGCCUCUUCAGCUCCUCUAUCUUUGUUAAACCCAGCUGCUGCUUCAUCUCCAUCAUCAACCUCCAACCCUACAAUUUCUUCCUCUUCUUCUUCCUCUUCUUCUCCUAAACAAGUCAAGCUCGUCAAGUUGCACAAGGGCUUUGUUCCUGAUCGCCUUCUCAGUUACCUCCUGACUCACCCACUUUUGCCCUCCCAGCAACUCCCUGGUUUGCUUUUGACUCUUAAUCGUUUCCCGGACCUUGUGCGCAGCGCCAUUAAGCGCGCUCCAUCUCUCCGUUGCGAUACUGUUGUUUCUGCUCUACGUGCAACUGAUCGCGAGACAUUUGUGUCUGCUGUCAUUCGCCUUGAGCACGCGUUCGAUACACGCCAAAUCACAGCCUCUCUCAAACGCGUGUACCUUCUCGCAAAACCAUCUUCUUCAUCAACAUCAUCUACUAAAAAUACUGAAAAAUCAUCUCAAAAUGAUGCCCUCAUUGAUCUCGCAUACUCGGACAAUGGUGUCACUCUUGAGGCCAUUGUGCGCCGCAUGGUCGAGCUAGAUGUUGGCUGGGAACUCAUGCCACAGUUUAUCGAUGCUGGUGGGCUUUUCGGCUGGGAAGAAUCAUUUUUGGAUGAGCUAGAUGCAUGCAUUUCCAAGCGCGUGGGAACUUACAAGGAUGGCUACGAGGUUAUUGCCAUGCUUGAGGAAACUUUGCGUGAAACAAGUGUUGCUGGCGGUAAGCGUGUUAAGGAGGAUUCCUCUGAGAAUAAGGAAGAAACUGCAGCAACAGCUUCACCUGUUCUUUUAUCUGCCAAGGAGCAAAAACAACAGAGAAUGAAAUCUGUGUUGCAUAUUGGGUUUGCAGACAAGUACGUUUACAGCAAGAAGGAAAGCAACUCGGCCAUUGCACCAUAUACGGUUGAGCGCUUGUUGCUUUAG